ACACUUUCCACGGAGCCAUGAAGUAUAGGGGGAAGAGGGGUGGGGGGAGGCGAAUCCCGACCGUGGGUGUGCAAGCAGAAAGUUGAAGCGUUGUGCGCCAUAUACCCGCUUCGUGAAUGGCCCCAUUAUGGAGGAGAUGUCAUUCCAAAGAGUUAAGACCCGGCGGAGGAAGGGUCACUGCCCGGCCGGUGCGCCGCCGCUGGACGCCAUCGUGUGCGAGGACGAGUUCAAGAGCCAGGAGCUGGAGGCUCUCUUCCAGAACUACAACCUGAAGCUGGAGCAGACGGCCACCCUCAAGGCGCUGGCGGUGCUCAUUGUCGCCGCGUCAUCGCUGUCCCUCGUGGAGCUGCUCUCCAACCCUCGUCUGACGCUCUCCAAGGGCUCCAGCCCCGUGCACUGCGUGGUUUUCCUCUCGCUUUUCAUCGUCACUAAUGUCAAAUACCUGCAGGUGACGCAGCUGCAGCAAACGGCCAAGCUCGCCCUGCUCUUCAGCUUCACCUUCGCGCUGCUCUGCUGCCCAUUCCCGCUGGCCCUGGGCGCGUCGGAGCCGGCGGGCGCCCCCGCACCCGAGCAAGGCGUGUGGCAGCUCAUGCUGGUCACCCUGGUGGCUUACAUGCUGCUGCCAGUGCGGACUCUGCUGGCUGUGCUUUUCGGCGGCAUGCUCGCUACAUCCCACUUUAUUAUCAUCUCAACGUCGAUCCCCAGGAGGACACAGGAGCUGUGGAGACCGUUGGCAGCCAAUGCGGUGCUUUUCAGCAGUGUCAACCUGUUGGGGGUGUUUGUGAGAAUUCUCACUGAGCGCACACAGAGGAAAGUCUUCCUGCAGGCCCGCAACUGCAUCGAAGAGAGGCUCCGGCUUGAGGACGAGAACGAGAAACAGGAGCGCCUGCUAAUGAGUCUCCUACCCAGGAAUGUUGCCAUGGAGAUGAAGGAGGACUUUCUGAAGCCCCCCGAGAGGAUCUUUCACAAGAUCUACAUUCAACGUCAUGACAAUGUCAGCAUAUUGUUCGCAGAUAUUGUGGGUUUCACCAGCCUGGCUUCCCAGUGUACUGCGCAAGAAUUGGUCAAAUUGCUCAAUGAGCUCUUUGGGAAGUUUGAUGAACUUGCUACAGAGAAUCACUGCAGGAGAAUAAAGAUCCUGGGGGACUGUUAUUACUGUGUGUCAGGGUUGACCCAACCAAAGGCUGACCAUGCCCACUGCUGUGUAGAGAUGGGCCUUGACAUGAUUGACACCAUAGCGUCAGUGGUAGAGGCAACAGAGGUGGACUUGAAUAUGCGUGUUGGCCUACACACAGGACGGGUGCUGUGCGGCGUGCUGGGCCUCAGGAAAUGGCAGUAUGACGUCUGGUCAAAUGAUGUCACUUUAGCGAAUGUGAUGGAGGCUGGAGGACUGCCUGGAAAGGUUCACAUAACAAGGACCACCCUGGAGUGUUUGAAUGGUGACUACGAGGUGGAACCUGGCUUUGGCCACAAGAGACACGUCUUCCUUCAGAAACAUCACAUAGAGACGUUUUUCAUUGUGCCAUCACACAGACGGAAAAUCUUUCCUGGUUUAAUUUUGUCUGACAUCAAACCAGCCAAGAGGAUGAAGUUCAAGACUGUAUGCUACCUGCUUGUGCAACUAAUGCACUGCAGAAAGAUGUUCAAGGCGGAGAUCCCCUUCUCAAAUGUCAUGACCUGUGAGGAUGAUGACAAGCGGCGAGCCUUAAGGACUGCAUCUGAGAAGUUAAGGAAUCGGACAUCUUUCUCAGCAGCCACCAUCCAGCACUCACCAGGAACACGAGUCAAUCGCUACAUUGGACGCCUCAUCGAAGCUCGGCAGACUGAGUCAGGGACAUCAGAUCUCAAUUACAUUACCUUGUUCUUUAGGAACAGGGACAGGGAGCGCAGGUAUAACCAGAUGUGUGAUGAUCAUUUCAUCGGCGCAGUGGUCGUCUCUCUGAUCCUGGCUGCAUUUUUUGGCCUUAUCUAUCUGUUAAUGAUCCCACAGGGAAUGCUGGUACUGCUUUUGUUGGUGUUAUGUGUCUGUUUUCAUGUGGCCUGUGUCAUGUACCUGCAUAUUACGAGUGUUCAGUGCCAACCGGGCUGCCUCACCAUCCAGAUACGAACAGUUGUGUGUGUCUUCCUUGUUUUGCUCUCUUAUUCUGUUGCACAGGCCUGCAUGGUGGGAUUUAUUCCAUGGGGUCGGGUUAUAAUCAGAUCCAACAACUCUGUGCAGCAUUCUCCUGCAGACAUGUUUGGUGUAGAACCACCUAACAGCACAGCUGCAGAUAGAGCUGGUCCAAACAUGGCGUAUGCGCUGUUGUCCUGUUUAGCUGGUACACUCACCAUUGUUCCCUACCUCAGAGUGUCUUCACUCCCAAAGAUCCUCCUGCUUCUCCUUCUGUCUGUCACCUACACAGUCAUAAUGGAGACCAGUGGGUAUCGUCAAGCUGUCGGUGGUGGGUUUCUACACACUCAGGGAUAUGAUCCUGUGUUGGCUGUCUUGCUGUUCUCUGGAGCUCUUGCUCUCCACUCAAGACAGCUCGACCUAAAGCUGCGACUUGACUACCUGUGGGCAUCUCAGGCAGAAGAAGAGAGAGAUGACAUGGAGAAAGUGAAACUGGACAACAAGAGGAUCCUGUUCAACCUGUUGCCAGCACAUGUGGCUCAACACUUCCUCAUGUCGAACCCCAGAAACAUGGACUUGUACUAUCAGUCCUAUGCUCAGGUUGGAGUGCUCUUUGCUUCAAUUGCCAACUUCAAUGACUUCUACAUCGAGUUGGAUGGAAAUAACAUGGGCGUUGAGUGUCUGAGGCUGCUCAAUGAGAUCAUUGCUGACUUUGAUGAGCUGAUGGAUAAAGAGUGCUACCAGGAUAUUGAGAAAAUCAAGACUAUUGGCAGUACAUACAUGGCUGCGGUGGGGCUCGUUCCUACAGCUGGCUUAAAGGCAAAGAAUUCCAUCACUUCACAUCUAUGCACAGUAGCAGAUUUUGCUAUUGAGAUGUUUGACGUCCUGGAUGCAAUUAACUACCAGUCUUAUAAUGAUUUUGUCCUUAGAGUAGGAAUCAAUGUGGGUCCAGUGGUGGCAGGAGUCAUUGGGGCCAGAAGGCCUCAGUAUGAUAUCUGGGGAAACACAGUGAAUGUAGCAAGCCGAAUGGACAGUACUGGAGUACAAGGGAAAAUACAGGUGACAGAAGAUGUCUAUCGUGUCAUCGCAAACCACUAUAAAUUUGUUUGUCGGGGACAAGUCAGUGUAAAGGGCAAAGGCCAGAUGCUCACUUACUUCCUGGAAGAGCGGAGGCAAAGCUGCAGUCUAUCUCACCCCCUUCAGCAGCCCCGCAAUUCGGAGCAGCGCUUAAGCGCCUUCGGCCAAGGGAAUGUGUGCACCAGGUUGAGCCCAGCCCCUAUAGUGACCACCUAUGCUACAGUGAGGACCCCAAGCCCAUGCAUGGCAAAACCAACGACUUCCACCAGCACCACUAGGUACCUGCCAUCUGUCCCCACGGCACUCAUUUGAUAACCACUGUCUCCAUAGUGAUAGUUAAAAAAAUAGUAAAAAAAAGAAAAAAAAGAAAGAGAGAAAAACUGAUGGCAGAGCCAAGAAAGCACAAAGAAGCAGAGAAGGGUGUUGUCCCUCUCCUGUCGGUAGGGCACAGUGUGACUGAUUGAUAGCUGUCCAAUGGGUAGCCUGGAUUUAGCCCUCGACUGCAUCCAGGACUGAUCAUAUGUGUCCUCAACUGGACUCUCCCAACACAUCCGAGCCCUGUUUGUUGUUUGACGCCAAGGGCGUCAUGAACAGGAUACAGGAUGCUUUGGUCUCUCUGCUCUGUAGUCAAAAGCCAAGGAUGUGUCCAGGAUUUCAGAGCAAACUCCUAGCUGUAGCCACAACUAUAAUAAACAAAAUCAGCCAAACAACAUGCACAGUUAAUAGUGUAGCACGCAAGAGUCUUUGCAAGAAAUGAAAAAUUCCUUUAAUUACAUUAGCCGACCCCUUUUUUCACAGUAUCCAACCAAAUCAGUUUUAUUGCCUUAGUAACGAGUUUUUAGAAUGAGUUUACUGCUACUUUGUUGACUUUUAAAGAUGUUAUUGAUCUUACACAGCAGAUUAAUUUAUUACUGGGGCAUUGCUGACAAUGACAUAUGUAUUUAAAAGUAGAUGGAGCCAAAUGUGUAAUUAUGCUAUAAACUUGCCAAAAUGCAACAAGGCAUGGCCUUUAAUCAUUGUUGCGUCAGUGUACGCUUGAGGCCUCAUCAUCAUAAACCUCUGAUGGCAAGUGAGGUCGACUUAAUUUUUGGACGGAGCUGCUCAGAUAAGUGCAUGAACCCACUGCUGCAAUCCAGUCAUGUUGCCGUUUGUUUGCCUGUAAUGCUUGACUUCCAGAUUCUUCCUUGUCAAAGUGUAGCAAUAAAACAAUUUGUGUCCUAUCACAGCAUAAUAACCCUUGCAUGCUAUAGCCUGCUGGACCUUCAUUCGAUCUGAUACUUGAUUUAGCUAUUAGAAUGUGCAUAGUUAACCACGCAAAUCUGUAUAUCUGUGGAGUUGAAGCAUGACUUAGAAAGCCUAUGUUCUGCAUCAUGUGAGUGUAACUCAUUCCAAAUGGAAUUGUAACAAAAAGGAGAAAAAAAAUCUAUGUACCGUAUUUUCACGACCAUAAGCCGCACCGUAAUAAAAGCCGCAGUCUCAGUUACGGGGUCUAUUUCUGUAUUUAACACAUACAUAAGGCGCACCGUAUUAUUGGGCGGAAGCAUGGUAAAACAUAGGAUAGCUUAAAACAUACAGUACCAUGCAUGCACAUUAAAACAAUGUUUUUAAAAAGGCAGCGGGAGCAAAACUGAGUUCGGUUGUACUUUAUUGCAUCCACAAUCCAUUCACAAAUUGUUGCGUAACUCGCCCGGCGCUGCCUCCUAGCCUUAGUAAAGCUGUGUUCGCCAUCUGUCAUCCAUCACUCCCACGCCGCUCGCAACUUCACUUUGAACGCCCUGUUUACACCAAUGUCCAGCGGUUGGAGUUCCUUCGUCAAGCCUCCUGGAAUGACGGCAAGCUUCGAGUUAUCCCGGCUGUUCUUUGCUCAUUAAUCCAUUGCUCGAGUUGGUCGUCCAACUCGGGCCACCUCGCUUUGUUUCUGCGUUUUGUUUUUCAACUCAGCUUCGUCUUCUUGACUUGGCGAAGCUCGUUUUCCUGAAGCAGGAAUGGAUUAAUUGAUCUUGAAUUCUCUCGCGGUUGCUCGAUUCCCAUGUUCCUCCGGGUAUCUGAUAGCUUGCAGUUUUAACUGUGCUUCGUAAGCGUGUCUCGUCGUAGGUGCCAUUUUCGGGGGUCCUUAGCCAAACCGAUGCACAUACCGGAACUAAAUACCUACUGCGUGUCUUUUGCCUCCUCUGUCACGCACACACUUCCGCCUUUACGUCCGCAUGCUGUCCUCAGUCACGUCCGCCUUUCCUCUAUAUAAGCAGAGGAAACGACAGGAAAUGCUCCCAGUCAGUCAAGCGGACCGCUCAUCAAAGACACACAACAACAUUUACAGAUUUUGGAACUCGGUGCACACAUAAGGUGCGCCGCAUUAUAAGCCACCCCGUCCAUUUUGGAGAAAAUUUCAGACUUUUAAGUGCGCCUUAUGGUCGUGAAAAUACAGUAUUUAUUUAUUGAGUACUAUAUUUAUUGUUAAAAUAUUCUAAUAGUCUACUAUUUUUACAACCUAAAAUCUGCUUUCACAUGUCAACUAAAACUGCUGUUUAUGAGGAGUCACAAAAACCUGUAUGUAUUCGUCAUGAGUAAAAAUUCAGAUUAUUUUGUGGAAUAGCAUGCUACACAUUGUAACAAUUAACUCUCCUCCGAUGGAGCAUGUACUACUUGGAAGCCGCUGGCUAUCACAUGCAUGCAAUGAUGGAACCUGAACACAAUUCAAGCAGCAGACACAUUGGUUUUAUAUAAUAUGCACGUGCUAUACUGGUAGCAAUGCUCUUGAAUGUAAGGUGCUUUCUUGACCUGUGUCUUCAAAAGCUCGGUGUACAAACCUCUUGACAAUAUUUCAGGAUAGUUGGACAUUAACGGCCAUAUUCUCACGUUUGUGCAUGUCUUUUUUUUUUUUUUUUUUAAAUUACACGCCUGGGCCAUAAAGACAACUGACACACCGUGCGUAAGCGCCGAAUGUGUGCGCAAAUGCCAAUGAGGCAUGACUCAUUGAACUCUGAGGCUGGCUGUAAUUGCAGGAAGAUGGAGUUUAUAUGAGACUUGUGGAUGCCAUAGAAAUCCAUUUGGAAAAUAAUGGACACUUUAAAUUUGAAAUGACCUUCUGUAGCCUUCCGUUGCCUUUGAGAUGUGUGCGCCGCUCAUCUAACAGGCUACUUUAAAGGCCCAUGUUUUUCUUGAUUCUGUAUGAAGUACAUUGAAUACAAAUAAUGUAAUCAGAAUACUGUAUUUAUGACUGAACGCAUGUUUGGAGGUCAUUCAAUUAAAAAAGUGGAUGUACCUGCUGCUCUAUACAUCAGCAGUUUCCAAACCAGUGGCAUUGCUAGGCCUAUUUUAGGGGCGCUUCAGUUCAGUUGUUUAUGGCAGAGGUUUAUUGUCCUAGCAACCCCGAAACCGAUCUCCAGCCCCCCUACAAAAAUAUUGGUCUCCAGCUGCGUGCCUUUUAUGACGUCUCUGGCGCACACGGAAGAAUAUGACCAUUAAGUCUGGGGGUUCCUCUCACCUUCUCCUGCUAUUGUUGACGAUCAAUUGGUUUCAAAUGUGCACACCUAUUUUCAUAAACAUAUCAAACUUUUUGUGUUAAGCUGUAGCAAAAUGAAUGUGUGACUGGAGUAACUGUGCAUUUUCUUUGUUGAAUGCCUGAAUUUCUAUUCUUUCAGCUGUUACUGAGCAAUGUUUUUGUAUUGUCUCAAACAGGAAAAAAUGUUGGUACGGACACAUUACCUGAGUAAAAUGAUGUUGUACUACUUGUGGUAUUGAAAUUCUUUGACUGACUAUAUUAUAGCUCAAAUGCUUGCUUUAUGUUUCUAAAAAUGGAUAGAAAUGAUGACUUUUAUACAAUAAAUUAGAGUUGAUGGGGGUUGUUAUGUACAAUAUGUCCCUGUAAAUUGGUUAUUUUCAUACUUGAUGCAAUUGUAUGUAGGUAUUUCUCGCUAUUGUACAUUGUAGUUUUUUUUCAGAACUAUAUUAUUAUUUCUUCUUUUCUUUAAAAUGUAUUUAUUGAGAUGUUUUACGUGACUGGAAAGACAAUACAGUAUUUUGUACAAGUGUUUGCACUCAAAUGAUGUUGAGCUAUUGUUUAUUUGAAAAUAAAGCAAGAGGGGAUUGUG